GAGAAGAGAGCAAUUAGUUCCUCUCCACUGCACCUGCUUGACCUACAGGCAAACUGCUGCUGGCUGCAAGCACCAAAAUCCAUCCAGAUUAAAAGCCCUUUUAACCUGUGGUUGACUUUGACAAUUAACAGUGAAAUGGAGUCAUUAUCAAAGAUGGAUGAGGUGUUUCCUACACCUCCACCAUACUUCUUACCAGAAAGUGAAACAGGACAAGAUGUCAGAGUAUACCAUGUCCACUCACCUUUUACCCCUCCACCACCUCCGUCAUUCUCCUUUUCUCCUGGUGUUGGCUGCUCCACACAAAAUCACACACCUGUACAAGCGUCUGCUCUCCCUCUGUCGACUACCAUACCCAAGUUUGUGAGCUACGAGACUCGGCUGUCUCGCUACCCGGCUCUGACAACCUGCCUGUCCUGUCAGACUCAGGUCACCACACAGGUCACCUACCAAGUCGGCACUCAUGCGUGGCUCAUGUGUCUGGUGUUUGUGUUAUGCGGAUUGCUGCUCGGAUGUUGCCUGAUUCCAUUUUUUUUUAACCAUUUCAAGGAUGUCUAUCACACCUGUCCUCGCUGUCGACGGGUUCUGCAUAUUCACAGGAGAACGUGCUGUGAAUGAGUUAAUCUCAAGUGCCAUCUCUCUGUUGGAAAAGUCCACACUGGUUAUUGUUGUUAAACGUGUGCAUGCUUCUUUCAAAGUCAGUCACAAUGACUUUAAUGUAAAUUUACUUUAAAUGUAUGACAUAUGAGAAGAAACUUCUAAGUUCCUAUUAUAUUAAUACAAAAAUUUUAACUGAAUUUUAAUCAUGUUUUGUAACAAAACCAUUCAAAUAAAUGUUUGUCUUUU